CUACACUACACUGCUCGAGCAGCCCACCAGCCAUGUCCGGUACUGUUGUAAGGUGGACAAUGAGCACCUCUGCCUUGGACAAGAUCCUCUGGUCUUUUCUCCUGUCCUGCAUUUUAAUCCUGUCGCUCAUCAACGGCGUUUAUCCCGCGCCGGAGACCGGAUACUGGACUAUUACAGUCGUCAAUACAUCAAGACCUUUGUUAUUAAAAAAGUCCAUGUACAAGGAAACUGACAUUCAGUUAAAAGUCUCUUCCUUUAACUGUCCAGUUGAGGUCCCGUUUACUGUAAGGUGGUAUUUGAAGUUCUACCCUUGUCACAAUGAAUUCACUAACAUAGAGGAAAUGUAUGACAGGACACCACUGAGUAGAGGAGAAGGUCUAGACCCCAAUCCUCUUGCACCAGGAGAGUACAUCGAGCACAAAUACAGAACAUUAACCUGCAACAAUGGGAUGCAGGUUUUCCCUAUGCUAAAUAAAUCCCAAGCAGAGCCAAAAACAGUGGAUCCACAACAACAGAGUUCAGAUCAUAAUGCCAAUUACAGCAGGUGGCUUUCAGAAGAAGUUGUAGUUGACCCAGGAAAAAAGGAUCAUGUCAUUGCUACAACAUGGAGAGAUGGACCAUAUCUACUAGUGGUGUUGAUCGAUACUAAUAAAAAGGAUGUCAACUGGAAUGUAACCUUCACUGUGAUAAUGAAAGGAGACCAUGGUUACAUUUCAGUCACAGAAUGGCCUCUUAUGAUUUUCUACAUGGUGAUGUGCAUUGUAUACAUCUUGUAUGCUCUGCUCUGGUUCAUCUGGGCCUCUUGCUACUGGAAAGACCUUCUGCGUAUUCAGUUCUGGAUAGCUGGUGUGAUCUUCCUGGGAAUGAUAGAAAUGGCAGUCUUCUGUGCCGAAUAUGAGAACACUAAUGCUGUUGGCUCAGCAUCUCAAGGCUUGCUGAUUUUUGCUGAACUUGUGUCAGCUCUGAAGAGAACCCUUGCACGACUUUUGGUCAUCAUUGUCAGUCUGGGCUAUGGUAUAGUCAAGCCUCGGUUGGGAACUGUCAUGCACAGAGUUGUUGGUCUGGGGGUCCUUUAUUUUGCCUUUGCUGCCAUUGAGGGUAUUUUGAGGAUCACUGGGGCCAAAGAUUCUGACCUGGCCUUACUGGCCAACAUUCCCCUGGCACUGCUCGACUCCUCUCUCUGUUGGUGGAUAUUUGUUAGUCUUGCACAAACCAUAAAGAUGCUAAAACUCAGAAGAAACCCAGUGAAGUUGUCAUUGUACAGACACUUUACCAAUACUCUCGUCUUUGCUGUGAUUGCCUCUGUCAUUUUCAUGAUAUGGACAACAAAGAAGUUCCGGUUAGCAGACUGUCAGGCUGACUGGAUGGAGCUCUGGGUAGAUGAUGCCUUCUGGAGGUUUCUGUUCUCUGUCAUACUGCUUGUCAUUAUGUUUCUUUGGAGACCAUCAGCAAAUAACCAAAGAUAUGCCUUCACACCUUUAAUUGAUGAUUCAGAUGAUGAAGAGAUUGAAGAGUUCUUGGUUUCUGCAAAUAUUGCUGAUGGGAUAAAACUGAGAGCUGCUAAGCCUGAGACUAAUGGAACAACAAAACCUCCUGCUUCCAGUGUGGAUGAAGACUUGAAGUGGGUAGAAGACAACAUUCCUUCCUCCUUAACAGAUGUUGCUCUGCCUGUGCUUCUCGACUCGGAUGAGGAAAUCAUGACUACAAAAUAUGAGAUGUCAAAAAUGCAGUGAAAGCACAAAAUAAAGCCCACCUUCCGAGGCCAGAAGUGGCGCUGGUACCGAUACUAGAUCCUUACCUGUAAGACAAGGACGAAAAACAGACAAGAGACAGAGACUGGUGAAGAGUUGGAUGGUAGAUCUGAAGAGAAGUGGAACUAUAAUUUUAGUCACAGGAAUGUCCUGGCCCACCUAACAACAGUCCAACAACAGUUCUGUAUUCAUGACAUUUAUUUCCAGGAUGAAAGAUUAUGGCAUCCCCAACACACACACACACACACAAAGUACAAAAAAUGAUUUACACAUUUUUAAAAAUCAUUCCAUUCACCAGAUAAGUCACCCAACCCAUGAAUUAAAUAAGAAAUAUAUUUAAGGGAUUGAAUGUUGCUUUUGGUGUUUGUUUUUUUUCCUCCCCACUCUUUCUUUUUCGUAAAAAAAAAAAUAUAUAUAUAUAUCUUAAAUACAUGAUGUUGAAUGACCAAAGACAGUUUGUUUAGUCUUAAUUAGAGGAAAACAAUUCUGGAAUUCUCGUCAGGCAUCAUCUUGAUAUUCUUGGUAUUUAUAUUUCAUGGUGUUGAAUCAUUUUGCUUCUGAAAAUGCAGUGUGGGAGCAGAAUAUUCUGCUUUGUGAGUAAGUACAGUAUACCAAUGUUUUACUAAAUGGCUGGAUAAUGAUCAAAAUAAAAUGCAAAUAUAUAAACCCCAAUUGGGGUUAACUACUGAACACUAAGCUGGACUACUUUAGCAGGAAGCAAAAUGUGCAUCUGGCAUUAAAGAGCAAUAUGUCAUUAAUAUUCCUCCAUUACUUUUUGCACUUUAAAAAAAAAAAAAUACAUUUGGGGAUUUAUUUUUCCCUCUCCGUUAUUUCUCCGUUUCUUUUUUAAUCACAUGUUUAAGAAAUAUUAUUAAUGAACAGUUGAUUUAGUCAUAGAAAUAGUUGGUCUCGAAGAAUCGCAAUUUUUCCCAUUUUCUUAAAACUUUUUUUUCCUGAGAAAAGCACAGCAGUGAUACCAAGACAACAGUUAUGCAUUAAAAAAAAUUUUGAAUCUAUUGUAGCCGAACUGUUAUUGUCAAUCCUGUUUAAUUUUGCAUUUAAGUGAUUUUUAUUUGACACGAAUGCAGUGGUUAGACUGAUUCUGUGCAAUAUUUUGGUCUUUUCUACUACUUUUUCCUAGAGAGUGUCCUUUUUUUUCCUUCAUUUUUUUUCAACCUUGCAGUGGAAUAUUGUACAAGAUCCUUUCUUUUCAGAUUUGUUUAAUUUUGUCCGUUAUGUAAAUUUUUUAUCAUGCAUGUUUUCUAGUUUAUGAUGUUUGCUUCAAAUGUAAAUAAAGAGUCUUUAUUUAUGGGUC